CCGUCACCCCAUUUCCUCUCUCUCUCUCUCUCUCUCUCUCUCUGUCCCCCAAAGCACACGGCGGAGCUAAUCGACGGCGAGCAUCACCACCGUGCACCACCAGGUGAUUUUAUCAUUCCCUCCGCCCUCUCUCUAAUUUCAGUUUUUAGAAUACACAUUACAUAAUACAACCAGUGAUUCGGAUCCAAGACCCACGAACCCAUCAAAGAUCCGAUCAGAUCCGGAUCUCGCACCCCUCAUGCCUCGCAAACCCAAUUUCCUAAGGUUUCUCUCCGUCCUCCUCCUCCUCCUCGCACUCUGCCAUGCCGAUCCGGUCAGUUCCGAUUGCCCCAAAACCAGCCCCCUCGUCAACUUGGAAUCCGAAUUCAAAAUGCUCCAGCACCAGCUCCGCGGAUCGAUUCGUAUAAUCGAUGAUUGCUCCUUCAAGGUCUCCGAUUUCGACAUGCUCCCCGGCUCCGACGUCCACUGGUGGGCCGCCGCCGGCCCCGAUUUGACGAAUUUGACCGCCGGCUUCGUCGUCUCCUAUCAGAAGCUCAACGAGACGUACAAAAGCGACAGCUUUAUCGUGCGCUUGAAGGACAACGUCACCUGGGAUCAGAUCCAAGUCCUCGCCGUGUGGGACCUCCCCACCGCCUCCGACUUCGGGCACGUAAUUCUCGGGGAUUUCAAAAACGGGUCGUCUGGUUCGGCUCCUUCCCCGUCGCCGUCGAGUGGAACCGAUUCAGGGAACGAAACGGGUCGGGUUCGGAUUCAUACUGAGCCGACUAUGCUGGAAAAUUGCAAGGUUUUGUCGAAGAAUUAUAGGGUUCGAUGGACGUUGAGUGCUGAGGAGAAUCUGAUCGAUAUCGGAUUGGAGGCCGCCACCGGGACCAUGAAUUACAUGGCUUUCGGGUGGGCCAACCCGAAUUCGACUUCCGAGCUCAUGCUCGGAGCUGAUGUCGCCGUCGCGGGGUUCAAAGAGGAUGGCAUGGCGUUUGUGAACGAUUUUUACAUCACAAAGUACAGUGAGUGCACCUUGUACAAGGACGGCGAGGUGAAGGGGGUUUGCCCCGAUACCAGAUACGAAGGGUCCGGCCCGAAUGGUGGCGAGGUGAACAAUACCAAAUUGGUUUACGGGCAGAGGAGGGAUGCCGUGUCGUUUAUUAGGUACCAGAGGCCGUUGGUUUCCAAUGACAAGAAGUACGAUUUGGCGGUGAAUUAUACGGAGAAGAUGAAGGUCAUUUGGGCAUUAGGGCCGAUUAGGCCACCAGAUCUUCUUCAGCCGUACUAUCUUCCCCAGAACCAUGGUGGACCGAAGAGUGUGGUUUUCGGUCAUUUGGUGCUGAAUGUUUCUGAAAAUGUGAAUGACUGUUUGGGUCCGUUAGAUGCAGAUGAAAAGGAGGAUCAGCAUCUGAUUAUCGCCGAUGCCAAGGCCCCGCUCGUAGUUACUUCCGGCCCAGCGUUACAUUAUCCAGACCCGCCAAACCCUUCAAAGGUUUUGUACAUUAACAAGAAAGAGGCUCCGAUGUUGAGAGUGGAAAGAGGGGUGCCCGUCAAGUUUUCAAUACAAGCAGGGCAUGAUGUCGCGAUGUACAUCACUUCCGACCCACUUGGUGGGAAUGCUACACUAAGGAAUUCUACCGAGACUAUUUAUGCAGGAGGGCCUGAAGCUCAAGGAGUUCAAGCCAAACCUAUGGAAUUGGUUUGGGCACCGGAUAGGAAUACCCCGGACCAAGUAUACUAUCAAUCUCUUUAUGAGCAGAAAAUGGGUUGGAAAGUGCAGGUGGUUGACGGAGGUCUGCCUGAUAUGUAUAAUAACAGUGUCGUUUUGGAUGAUCAGCAAGUUACCUUGUUUUGGACAUUGUCAGAACACUCAAUAUCUAUUGCAGUUCGUGGUGAGAAGAAGAGCGGUUUUUUGGCAAUAGGGUUUGGCAGAGGAAUGGUGAACAGCUAUUCCUAUGUAGGUUGGAUUGAUAAUAUUGGUAAAGGGCGUGUAAACACUUACUGGAUUGAUGGAAGGGAUGCUUCGAGUAUACAUCCAACAACUGAGAAUUUGACUUAUGUGAGGUGCAAGUCAGAAAAUGGCAUCAUUACAUUCGAGUUCAGUCGUCCUUUGAAACCGUCGUGUGGUAAGAGUGAUAAACCGGAGUGUAAAAACAUAAUUGAUCCCACUACUCCGCUUAAAGUUGUUUGGGCAAUGGGUACUGCAUGGACAGAUGAGAAUCUAAGUGAACAAAACAUGCAUUUUGUUACGAGCAGUAGGCCUAUUAGGGUGCUGCUUAUGCGUGGUUCUGCAGAGGCAGAGCAGGAUUUACAGCCGGUAUUAGCUGUACAUGGAUUUAUGAUGUUUCUCGCUUGGGGUAUCUUGCUUCCUGGUGGAAUACUGUCGGCUAGAUACUUGAAACAUGUUAAGGGUGAUGGUUGGUUCAAGCUUCAUGUUUACUUGCAGUACUCAGGUUUGGCAAUCAUCCUACUUGCUGUUCUUUUUGCUGUUGCUGAGCUUAGGGGUUUCUUUGUCAGCUCAUUACAUGUUAAGUUUGGGAUGGCUGCGUUGUUUUUGGUCUGUAUACAACCUGUGAAUGCAUACGUAAGGCCCAAAAGACCGGCUCAUGGAGAGGAGGUUUCCUCUAAAAGGAUUCUCUGGGAGUACUUUCAUGUGAUCGGUGGGAGAUGCGCCUUUGUUUUAGGAAUUGCAGCACUUUUCAGUGGAAUGAAGCAUUUAGGAGAUAGAUAUGAUGCUGAAAAUGUUCACGGACUUACUUGGGCGUUGAUAAUUUGGUUCUUGAUGGGUGCAUUGAUUGUUUUGUAUCUGGAAUACCGUGAAAAACAACAAAGGAGGGAUAGAAGUUUUGGAAGAAGCAAUUGGGUGCUGGGGAACCUUGAGGAAGAUGACUCUGUUGAUCUGUUGAGCCCGAACGGAAUACACUCAGAGAAAGAUUCGCAAACAUCAGGAAGAAUGGAAGUUCAAUUAGAGUCUCUGAACAGAUAGAUAGGUAGAUAGUGUUGUUCUUUGAUAAGAAUUACUCUUUUUCACCAAUUUUGAGAGUGUUCUCACAUCAUAUGGGGAAUCGAAGGCCUGUUUUCGCGCUGAUCACCUUAUUCGGCUGCAAGCAUUCAUCCCGAAGAAGGAUAUUCACCCCAUGGGAUGCAGUUUGUAUACUUGAUACGUCUUUUUACUCAGUGGAAGGUUAUAUCAUACCCAUCAUUUUAUUAUGUUGCCUUCUUAUCAAACAAGAGCAGAGUCGGGUUGCGGCGGACAUUAGGUUAGGACUUCUAGCGUAGAUUUGCGAUGGUAUUUUUCAUGCUUUUGGAAAGAACAAGGAAGAGUUGCUUUAGGAAAAAUGGAAGUGGUAUAUUUCUUUUCUUGUAAAGUGUCGUUCGACUAAUGUUUUUCACUCACUUUUAAGUCUAUAAAUUCCGACAUACAUCAGAUGUUUUUCAUGUUA